GUGAGGUCAAGAUGGCUGAAAAGUGGAUGCUAGAAAAGUAUUUUUAAGUUUUUCGUUUAUAGUCUUUAUAUCAGGGGACAAACGUAAUCGAGGUCCAGAAACAUGCAAGAAGAAGCAGAUUAAUAUGCAUGCAGCUUGAACGAAAAAAGCUUGCUCCAUGUGCUCAUUUUUUUUUUUUUUCUGGCGAGAAACUGGCAGUGCGAAAUCCCGAAUGGUGGAAGAUAGCCCCAUCUCACCCGCUCGGUUAGCCAAUCACUGAACAGGGUUUAAUUCAUCUUGCUUCAGUUUGUGAAGCUGUACAUCAGUACUAACGACUCUUCUUGCUAAGGGAGCCAAGGCAAUUUCGAUAUAUUAAAAUUUGAACUUGGCUCGGAGGUUCAGGGGAAUAAAACAAAAGAAAUUAAUUAUUCAUCCCUCAUACAGUAGAUCUUCGAUUCGAUUUCUUUUGUUUUAUUCCCAUUAGCUUCGGAACCGAGUUAGAAUUUAAAUAUAUCAAAAUUAACCCAUUGUCGGUCAAAAUUAAAGUUAGUUAAAGAGAUUUGUUGGCAGCUUUCUUCAUGGUCCCGCAACAGGUUUGUGCAUAAUUUAUUUUGCUAAUUGUCAUUCAAGCUGAAAGUAAAGUUAUUUUAAGCUAAGUUGACAGUGUUUUGUCGUCGUGCGGCAGACAAUUGGAAGUUUUUGUUUCAUAUCAGCAAGCAAUUAUCUUGAGCCGUUGGAACCUUUGCCAAGCACUAGCGCCUGUUAAUAAUUAGGAAAAUGAGACAAGGAUUCUUCAUAAAGAUUUAUUUGCUACUUAUGUUACUAGUGGCCUGGUCAAGAUCGGUCAGUUGCGACGCUGAUGUGAUAAAAAAAUUUUUCGCUGGCUAUGACAAAGCAGUACGACCAGAUUUUGAUGAGGGACAAGCGACGACCAUCUUCGCAGAUCUAUACGUGGAAUCGUUUGGAAACAUACAAGAAGCAAAUAUGGAGUACAGAGUUUAUACCUAUUUUUAUCAAAAAUGGAAAGAUUCUCGACUUGCCGGAAAGCUCAACCGCACUCUCGUCUUAAAAGGAGCUGAUAUCCAGAACAUAUGGGUUCCAGAUCCCUACUGUUACAACGCGCGGGAAUCUAACAUGAUGAUGCCAGAUUCUGAAACGCAUAGUAGCGUCAGCAUCAAACCAAGUGGAGAUAUACUUUACAGCAAAGGCGUAACUCUGCUUGCUUCUUGUAACAUGGAUCUUCGGAGUUUUCCUCAUGAUUCACAGGCCUGCUAUCUCAAGUUUGGAAGUUAUAGUUAUACCAAGGAGGAUAUUGUUUUUAAAUGGAACGCGACUGAUAUAAGAGUUGGAUCAAAACAGAUGGCUCAGUUUGAGUACAAAGGCGCAGAGUUGUCUUCGGAUACAGACGUCUUCGACAUAGGAAACUACUCCACAGUCACUCUGACUUUCUUCUUUAAAAGACGAGUCGGUUACUACCUCAUUCAAGUUUACUCUCCAGACAUUUUUGUCGUGGCACUGAGCUGGAUUGUCUUCUGGAUGGACAAAGAUGACAUGGGAGACAGAAUGGCUCUUGGAAUCACCACCAUUUUGACCAUCAUGUUUCUCCUUGGAUCUCUCAAUGGCAACUUGCCUAAAGUCAGCUACCCAAAGGCUCUUGACUGGUAUCUGCUGGUGUCGUUCAGUUUUGUGUUCAUGUCCUUAGUGGAAUGUAUGAUCGUGUUCAUUUUGAAUCUCAGGGCUGCUGAAGAUAAGAAACGAAUAAAAUGCAAGGUCAACGAAGUCUCUCUCUCAAAAAGAAUUUCCUCGUCCAUAAAAGGAGCCAUUCGUCUUAAAAAGGACAAAAGAUCUCACCAAUCAAUCGCUGGGCACAAUGGUUCCUCCAAAACUGCGAGUACUGGUUUUGAAGAUGACGACCUUGAAAUGGUUAACCUAGCAAGUAAAGCGGACAAAUCUGUGAUAGAUGAUGCGACUGUGGACUUUGUUGGCCACGACAAAAGAGGAACUACCGCUGACUACCUUGACAAAGCUUCCCGAGUUUUAUUUCCGCUGUCUUUUAUCACAUUCAAUAUAGUAUACUGGAUUUAUUUCUCGCUUUUCGGCUAAAACCUCACAAAUAACAAUUAACCUCUGAUGAUAACACAUGUUCGCCUCAGAUUUUUGUCCUCUGUGAAUUCGUCAAGAUCAACUGCUUAUUUUAAACUGUAUGUUUUCGGAAUAUAGAGGAACAUUAAAUUAAAUGUAGUUCAACGGAUAUACUUAUGUUCUUAAUUAGUUCCUUUACAUGGCUGAUCUGAUCUACAGCUGCUGUGAUUAAUUUCAAUCGUAAUAUCGUCUUAGUUUCUGAUAACGGGUCAAGAAAAAAAUAAUAAAAUGAAAAUAAAAU